GAGCCGCGUGGUGGAGGUGAGCCCCGAGAGCGGCCCCUUCUGCCCCCCGAACGACAAGAAGGAGGUCGAGCCCUGCAACACGCACGUCGAGUGCCGCAGUGGCUGCAUCGAUGGGCUCUGGGACUCGUGGGGCGAGUGGGGCGAGUGCUCGAGGACGUGCGGAACGGCAUUCAGGACCCGCUCGCGCGAAGUGAAGACGCAGCCCACGUCCUGCGGGCACAACGUGACGGGCCCCGCAGACGACUUCGAGGUCUGCCGCGACGUGCCCGAGUGCGAGGAGGCCGACGUCGGCGGCGACGACUGCGCGCUGGCCGACUGGGGCGACCGGCCCGUCCCAUCUCCUCGGCGCACCCGCGCGCGCGCGUCGGACUCCGCGAGAGGCUGGGGAAGCCGUGCCUGGACACGCCCAUCAGGGUCGUGGAGCCGUGCAACCCCGGCGUGAACGAGACGCCGCCUGCGGGGUGCGAGGCCAAGCCCGUGACUGACUGCGUCGUGAACGACUGGGAGCCGUGGACAGGCUGCACAGCAACCUGUGGGAGCGGCCAGCGCGAGCGGAGACGCACAAUCAAGGUGCCGCCCGCCAACGGUGGCAAGCCUUGCGUCGAAGACCUGAGCGUGACCAGCGACUGCAACUCGCAGCCCUGCGAGAACGCGUCGUGCGUGGACUGCUCGUGGGGCGCGUGGUCCGACUGGGGCGACUGCUCCGGAUGCGGCGGGCAGCGGUACAGGAACCGCGUGGUCGACCAGAUGCCGAGCUACUGCGGCAAGCCCUGCACCGGCAGCGCCCGCGAUGUCGCGAACUGCACGAGCCCGUGCGCGAAGCAGCUCUUCUGCGUGUGGACGGACUGGUCGGACGCGGAUACCUGCGGCGGCUGUGGCCUCACGACCACGUCGCGCACGCGGUCGCUGGACUUCUCGGAGGGCUACGUCGACAGCUACCUGUUCCAGGGGCCCGAAGAUGGCAAGUGCGAGGGCGACCAGAAGCAUCUGGACGAGUGCCCCUUCGUUGAGCACUGCACGCCGCCGUGCAAGCCUCAGGACUGCACGUUCUCAACCUGGAGCGAGUGGCAUCACAACCCGGACAACUGCACGGGCCUUUGCGAGAGGCACCGCGUUGUUGCGGAAUUGAACAACGAGUGUGGCAAGCCUUGCAACGGAACGCUCUUGGAGACAAAGAAGUGCGACAUGACAUGCGAGGUCAGCCAGGACUGCCUGCUCUCCAGCUGGUCCCACUGGACCGACUGCUCCGCCAGCGAGAACGGCCAGUACGAGCGGGCCCGGGAGGAUUGCGACGCCGUGGUUGGGGACUCUGCCAGGUCGGAGACAGCGGACUUCCAGUUCGAGCACCAUUUGCGGUGA